GCGCAGUCGCCGUCCCCAGGCGUCGCGGGAGCCAUGCUGACUUCACCCCCAAAGCGAGACCUCGGCGGGGGAGGGGGCGGCGCUCGAUCCGGACCCCCCGCCAGGCGGCUUCGACGAGGCGGAUUAUUUUUCUCCCUCCACCGGUUUGGCGCUUUCUUCUCGGCGGACGGGCAAAAUCGCCUCAUAGAUUGACCCCCCCCCGCCUUGAAGCAUCAUCCGGGCAUUUUUCUGAUGGAGCGGUCGCGUGACGGCGGGGAGCCAAUCAGGAGGCGAUGACGUGGGCGUCACUUCGGAUUCCCGCCCGGCCAUGGCAGCUGAAGCGACCGUUGAGAGGAAUUUUUUUUUAAAAAAAUGGGUGUUUUAUUUCUUAUUGUUUUGUCACGCCGCGGGGGCCUAAGUUUGGCCGGAAUUUAAUCAGGAUGGGCCUCGUCGCACCUGGGCCGCCAAGGUCGCGCGCCUUCUUCCUUCUCCUGAUGGCGACCAAUCAGGAUCCUUGGGGAGGGCAAUGCAGGUCUGGUGGGUCUGGCAGUCGAGUCUGCGCCCGGGAAGCGGAUCCGCAAGCCGUCGCUUCUGUACGAGGGCUUCGAGAGCCCCACCAUGGCCCCCGUCCCGGCCCUUCAGCUGGGCCCAGCCAACCCUCCCCCUCCGGAGGUCUCAAACCCCAAGAAGCCGGGCAGAGUCACCAACCAGCUGCAGUACCUCCACAAAGUGGUGAUGAAGGCCCUCUGGAAGCACCAGUUCGCCUGGCCCUUCCGCCAGCCGGUGGAUGCCCUCAAGCUGGGUCUUCCGGACUAUCACAAGAUCAUCAAGCAGCCAAUGGACAUGGGCACCAUCAAGCGGCGGCUGGAAAACAACUACUACUGGAGCUCAGCCGAGUGCAUGCAGGACUUCAACACCAUGUUCACCAAUUGCUACAUCUACAACAAGCCCACAGAUGACAUUGUGCUGAUGGCCCAAACGCUGGAGAAGAUCUUCUUGCAGAAGGUGGCCCAGAUGCCUCAGGAGGAGCAGGAGAUUGUGAUCACCGUGGCCAAGAACAGCCACAAGAAGGGGGCCUCUCGGGCUGCAGCACUCCUGGCAGCAGCCAACGCAGCUGCUCAGCAAGUGCCGGCCAUCUCUUCCGUGUCCCACGCCCAGCUCUACCCCACAGACCUCCCUGCCACCGUCAUCAACAUCCCUCACCCUUCAGUCAUCUCUACGCCUCUCCUCAAGCCGCUACACUCCACUGCUACCUCCCAGCCGGUGCUGGCGGUGCCUGCCCCAACGCAGCCGGUGGCCAAGAAGAAAGGAGUGAAGCGGAAAGCGGACACGACCACCCCGACCCCCACAGCCAUCAUCGCCACCAGCGGCGGAGAGUCCUCUCCCUCCGCAGCCGUGCUGGAGACCAAGGCAGCCAAGAUCCCGGCCCGGCGGGAGAGUGGGCGCCCCAUCAAGCCCCCCCGCAAAGACCUGCCUGACUCCCAGCAGCACCAGACCUCCAAGAGGGGCAAGCUCUCGGAGCAGCUCAAGUACUGCAACGGCAUCCUCAAGGAGCUCGUCUCCAAGAAGCACGCGGCCUACGCCUGGCCCUUCUACAAGCCGGUCGAUGCCUCCGCCUUGGGCCUCCACGACUACCAUGAGAUCAUCAAGCAUCCCAUGGACCUCAGCACCAUCAAGCGCAAGAUGGAGAACCGGGAGUACCGUGACGCCCAGGAGUUUGCCUCUGACGUGCGGCUGAUGUUCUCCAACUGCUACAAGUACAACCCCCCUGACCAUGACGUGGUGGCCAUGGCUCGGAAGUUGCAGGAUGUCUUCGAGUUCAGCUAUGCCAAGAUGCCAGAUGAACCCAUAGACAUCAACCCCCCCUCCACGUCACUCCCACAGCCGGGCCUCCUGAUGAAGUCCUCCUCCGACGAUUCCUCCAGCGACGAUGACGACGACGACGAAGAGGAGGAAGAGGAGGGGGAUGACGACGAGAGCAGCAGCGAGAGUUCGUCGGACAGCGAGGAGAGUUCCGACUCGGAGGAAGAGCGGGCCAACCGGCUGGCUGAGCUCCAGGAACAGCUGCGGGCAGUGCAUGAACAGCUGGCGGCCCUCUCUCAAGGCCCGGUCUCCAAGCCCAAGAAGAAGCGGGACAAGAAGGACAAGAAGAAGAAGAAGAAGCUGGAGAAGCGCAAAGGGGGGAAGGCGGGAGGCGAGGAGGAGGCGGCCCGGCCCCACCAGGCCCAGCUCAAGAAGUCCAAGAAGGCAGCGGGCGGCAGCGGAGGUGGCAGCAGUGGUGGCAAGAACUCGAAGAAGGCCAGCGCCAAGGCCCUCCCUCUGCCGGCCCCUGUGCUCUACGACUCGGAGGAGGAGGAGGAGAGCAAGCCCAUGACGUACGACGAGAAGCGCCAGCUCAGCCUGGACAUCAACAAGCUGCCAGGGGAGAAGCUGGGCCGGGUGGUGCACAUCAUCCAGUCGCGGGAGCCCUCCCUGCGCGACUCCAACCCCGAGGAGAUUGAGAUUGACUUCGAGACCCUCAAGCCGUCCACCUUGCGGGAGCUGGAGCGCUACGUCCUCUCCUGCCUGCGGAAGAAGCCUCGCAAGCCCUACAGCGAGACCCUGAAGAAGCCGGUGGGCAAGACGAAGGAGGAGCUGGCCCUGGAGAAGAAGCGGGAGCUGGAGAAGCGCCUGCAGGACGUCAGCGGGCAGCUGAACUCUGCUAAGAAGCCCCCCAAGAAAACCAACGAGAAGCCGGAGUCCGCGCAGCAAGUGGCCGUCUCCCGCCUGAGCGCCAGCAGCUCCAGCUCCGACUCCAGCAGUUCCAGCUCCUCCUCCUCCUCUUCGGACACAAGUGACUCUGACUCCAGCUAGGCAGGCUGGUGGAGGUGGCAGCGGCAGCAUCAGCCGCCGGGGGGUGGCUGGCCAGCGAUGGCAGCCUGCUCGGAAGAGGUUCUGCAGGACCAGAACUGGCAAGAGAGCGGCGCAGGCGGACGAGCGGUCUCCCCUCCACCCCCCCUCCAGCUGGGCGCCCCGGGCGGAAGGGCUGUGGCCGGCUGGCUGGCGGCUUCCCUGUCGUCCCGCCCCCCUUGGGGCCCUGGGGCGAGAGCUGGCCCUGCUGUGUUUGCGCUGUGGCAUGGGGCACCCCGACUCUGUACAGUUGGCUCCAGCAAGCGUGGGGGGCAGCAAUUGGGGGGGCAGUGUUUUCCUGUUUUGGUUGAAUCUUAGGAAACAAACUUGUGGUUUUUAUAAAAGCAUUUAGCAAGUUUUGGUUUUGUGACGCUCCGUUCCUGGAUGGGCAGGUUGAGGGCGAGGAACUGCGCUGGGGUGUUUGUGCCCUGCCAGCUUGGACUUGGAGCCCUGAGGGGGAGAGAAGACUCUUGUGGGGAGAAGUUCCUCCUCUGACACUCCCCCUGGCACUCAAGAGGUUCCUUUUAUUUAUUUUUCUUUGUUUCCCGUCGGUGGCUUUCCCUGGGAUCUGGAGUGAGUGCAACCGUUGACAUCCCUGGGCAAAAUCGACAGCAUGUUCUUCGCCCCUCAAGGGAGGCUGGUUGGGGGGGGGGCAGCCCGCUUGAGGCAUUUUUUUAUGUUGACUGUAUAUUUUUUUUCUACUGUUCCUUUUAUUCCCCUUGCCCGUGUCCACCUUCCAGGGCUUUGUUUCAUCUUAUUGUAUGUUAAGCCUUCUGGUUCUUUAAACAUGUAAAUAAAAAAAAAAUAUUAUA